AUGCUGCAAAGGAACGAAUUCGUGAGCGAACUGGACGUGCAAGCCAUCAUCGCUCUCGCACUGGAUCUCACAAUCAUCGUUCUUCUAAUCAUGGCGGUCGAGCAAAUGGAAGCUCUUGCUAUGGAAACUCUUGCUAUGGCGAUCGACGACUUGGCUCUAGUCAGCCUUAUCCUAGCUACCAGAACCAAGGACAGCAGAAUGGUGGAAAUCGUUAUCCACAAAGACCUACAAACAACUAUCAAGGAAGACCAAGUGGCAACAACCAAAACCAGCGAAGCGGGAUGCUUCGUUCCGGAUGGAACUGUCCCGGUAGAGGACCAAGGCAGAAUGCCUUCUGCCGUAGAGCAGCAUGCUGAAGAUCAGCCAGAACAAAAUGAUCAAUACUUCGUCCAAGGCCAAUUCGUUCAAUCGCAUGAACAAAAUGAAAUGUAUCCUCCUCCUGAAGAAUUGUAUCCUCCUGAAGAAUCGUAUCCUCCACAAGAUGAUCAAGGCUAUUAUCCUUACGGUGAUGCCGAGCAUUAUUCCUAUGAAGCAUCGACCCCUGAUCACGGUCCGAUGACGCAAGACAAAAAACAUUUUCUUUUGAAUGACUCCCUCAUUCGUGUGCCAACUCCAAAACAAACCUUGGAAUCUACGGGUGAAUCGAUGAACAAAAAGAAAUUGACACCUAUUUCUUUGAUGCAAUGGGGAAACAUUGGCGGAAAACAUUCUGCAAAACCACUACAAGUAUUGUUUGAUUCUGGAGGCGAAACUACAAUGAUUCAUGCAAGAAGUAUUCCACAAGGCGCAAUGGUAAAAGUUAAUACUACUGCUAAACCUUGUGCGACUGUAUCCAGAAGUUUCAAUGCUAACAAAACUGUUGAGCUUCGAGAUGGACUGUUUCCAGAAUUUGAUCAACAUUGGCGAAUCUACGGUAACACUGUGACAGUGUUUGACGCACCUAAUUGUCCUCACGACAUUAUCCUUGGUCGCGACUUUCUGGAUGAAUUGGGAAUUUUGAUUGAUUUUCAAAAUCAUCAAGUGAGAUGGAUCGACAAGAUCAUUUUGAUGAAAUCCAAAACUCAUUGGCAAAAUCAUACCAACUGGACUCUUGCUUUGGAUCAUGGCUAUUUGGAAAUUCUUGAUGAUGAUGAUAUCGCUGACGAUGCUCAUAUAAAUAUUAUCGUCACUGCGUUACGAUGUUGUUGUCUUACGAAGUAG